AUGGCGUGACGUCGCGGCGCGUCUCGCGUUGGAGACCUCGUGAGAACGUCGCGGAAGGGCCUUCGGCGUAUUAAAAUGCGUCCUGCUCCUCAGAGGUUGAGCGUUACGUAAGGGUCGGCGGUGCGUCGGCAAUCUUUUCGGGUCUCGGCGGCGGCGUCGGCGGCGGCGGCCAAGCGGGAUCGAGUCGCAUCGCGUAGCCUCUGGCGGCGGGGCGCGAGGCGAGGCGAGGCGAGAGAGUCGAGCCGAAGCGAGCCGAGCGAGCCGCUCUCGGCACCGGGGGGUCCGGACCUCUCCGCACGGAGCCAGGCCUCAAGAUGUCGGGGCACAGCAGCCGCAGCCGCGCCGUGCACAUCGGCUCGAUCUUCCAAAAGCUCCAGGGUCGCUUCGCCGACGCGAUGACGCCCCCGAAGCUCUCGACCGACAAGCGGAUGCUCGACAAGACCUGGAAGCUCAUGGACAAGGUGGUCAAGCUAUGCCAGCACCAGCGCAUGAACCUGAAGAACUCGCCCCCGUUCAUCCUGGACAUCCUGCCGGACACGUACCAGCGACUCAGGCUCAUCUACAGCAAGUACGAGGACCGCAUGCACGUCCUCCACGCCAACGAGCACUUCUGCGUCUUCAUCAACAACCUGAUGCGUAAGUGCAAGCAGGCCAUCAAGCUCUUCAAGGAGGGCAAGGAGAAGAUGUUCGACGAGACCUCCCACUACCGGCGGAAUCUCACCAAGCUCAGCCUCGUCUUCAGCCACAUGCUCUCCGAGCUCAAGGCCAUCUUCCCCAACGGCGUCUUCGCCGGGGACCAGUUUCGCAUCACCAAGUCCGACGCAGCCGAAUUCUGGAAGGAACGCUUCGGUAACAGCACCUUGGUGACGUGGAAGGAGUUCAGACAUGAACUUAAUCAAGUUCAUCCUAUAAGCUCGGGACUGCAAGCUAUGGCUUUAAAGUCAACGAUAGAUCUUACAUGCAACGACUACAUCUCAAAUUUUGAGUUCGAUGUAUUUACCAGGUUAUUUCAGCCAUGGUCGACCCUUUUACAAAAUUGGAAGAUCCUAGCGGUUACGCAUCCUGGAUACGUGGCUUUCCUCACGUAUGACGAAGUGAAAGCUCGUUUACAAAAAUAUUGUAUAACUAAACCUGGGAGCUAUGUCUUUCGGUUAAGUUGUACAAGGUUAGGGCAAUGGGCAAUUGGCUAUGUUACGUCAGAUGGUGAUAUUCUUCAAACUAUACCACACAAUAAGAGUCUAUGUCAAGCAUUAUUAGAUGGGUAUCGGGAAGGCUUUUAUUUAUAUCCUGAUGGACGUAAUAUAAAUCCUGAUUUGACGUGGGCAGUACAGCCAACUCCGGAAGAACAUAUAAAAGUGACUGCAGAACAGUACGAGUUGUACUGCGAAAUGGGUAGCACGUUCCAGUUAUGUAAAAUCUGUGCGGAACAUGACAAGGAUGUGAGAAUAGAACCUUGCGGCCAUCUCCUUUGCACUCCAUGUCUCACGGCUUGGCAGGAUUCGGAAGGUCAAGGUUGUCCUUUUUGCCGAGCGGAGAUUAAGGGUACGGAACAGAUUGUAGUGGACCCAUUUGAUCCUCGAAGAACCCAUCGUCCUGGAGCGCAUUCUGCGUCGGCGAGUAAUGCGUCGACCCCUACGCGGGACCUUGACCCUGACACCGAGGACAUUAUGGAGCUAUGCAACGGCAACUGCGGUCUCAUGUGCGACGACUCCGACGAAGAGGAGGAUUCGAGUCCACCCAGUUCCCCGGUGCCACCUCGAAGAAUCGUGUCGAGUCCCCCGUUGCCUCCAAGGAGACCUUCCCCGUCGCCCACGCCUAACAGCCAUCCAAGGAAUGGCCGUCAUCUGACAGUCCCCAAGGAGAACGCUCCACCGCCACCUUCCGUCACCGUCAUUCUAUCAGCCUCUAGCGAGAGCCAGCCAAAUAACAAAGUCGCUACGGAAGCAAGGUACGACAUGCUGCACCGCGCCUCUUCACCGUCGCCGAUACCUCCUGCAGUAGUUCGGCCGCAUGCUCGGUCUCAUCGAACACCUCCGGCCCUGCCGGAGAAGUCGAAUCGCCACUCUAAGCACGCACCUGCACCCCCGGGGCAUUCCGCACCUCCUGUACCUCCGGUCCCGCCGCCUCUGUCCGCUCCGAGACCGCCGAAGGCGCCGAAGGACAUCCCCGAACAGGACCACCACUACGAGAAUACCAUCAUUAUACCUGGCACGCGGCAGCACGUAGUUAAGAACAUCAACCUCGAGGUGAACAGGGCGCGGUUGACGGCCCUGAUGAAGGACCGCGACGAGGCUGGCGGCGGGGACGGCGGCGGAGGCGGUGGUUCCGGGGCGACCAAAACGGAAGCGGCCGCCUACGAGAACGUCAACGUCGAGCACAUCUCGAAGUUGACGGCGUUAGGCUUCGCCCAGGAUGCCGUCAUCAGGGCCCUAGGCAUCACAAGGAACGACGUGGAGAUGGCCUGCGACAUCCUCCACGAGUUCGCCACCAAGUCCUCCUGACCAGGUACGCCGUGAAUCCACCGACUCGCACGUACCUGACACGCAUCGCAGAAGUAGUGCCUCCACCAGGAAUCCCGUUCCCUUGGGGCCUUCGUGCCACCACCCUGGAAGGCAGUCGACUGCACCCGGAACUUCCACCGGAGUGGCUGGAUAUCAUCGUGGGACCGACGACCUGCAACACGGGGAGGCCCUUGUCAGGAUGUUCGGCUCUUUGGGGGUGCUUUUAGAGUCACCGAAGGAACUCACCACUGAGUCCUGCCAACCGGGCGUGAUGUGCAUCCGGAGUGACUUUCCCACGUACCUGACGUGCAUCUCGAUAGUGGUACCUUCACGGCGAGCCCUGUUCUCCGGUGACCUCCGAAUCGAUGAAGAUACUCUCCGAGGAGGUGACCGUGGAAUGACUUAAUCUUGAGAUUGGACCUUCAGAGGGGCGCCACCCCUUGAAGAAGGACCUCGAGGAACUUGAUCGAGACGGAUGAGUUUCGCGGGAACAGAGUUUGCCGACACCUCCAGGUUCCACCCAGGCGUCGCUGCGAUCUCCUCGUGUUGUUCGAUCUUACUAUAAGGACUAACAGGAUCCUUAUAACGCGCGAUGAGCGCAACUUGGUUGUACGAAUUUCGUCUCCCUCGGAGUAUUCUCUUAUGAAAUUUCUCUUUUCUUAUUACUCUUAUCCGGGAUAAUGUCCAUGAUAGAAGUGCUUCAUCGAAUGCCCGUUGAUCGCGCGACUCACUUGCAAAGAGUCACGAUACUUUUUUGUUAAACCCGUCCACGUAGGCUGCAAUUUCUGUAAACUACGAUUAUGAUAUCGCUGGCGUGAGUCAUUUCAUCUAGAUUACUACUGACUACUACUACUCGAACUACCGGCGAAAUAAUUCUGAUAUGGUUCUGUUAAUUACGUCAACUAAAUUCGCCAUUAAGAGAUAAGAAUCCUUAAACUGCCGCAGCUUAAUUACUUUUUACGUACAAAAAUCAAAGUUUAUUCUGAAUUGUGUUCGUGCACUUGGCACGAAUAUCGGCAAACGUUUCUUGAUAUCGAAUUAUCCCAUUAUCAUUGACUUGCUCCGUAUAUUUUCACAAUUAUGACCCCGUACAGCUUGAACCGGUUUUCGGGUCAAUGCUAAUGAUUAGCGCACGUGGAUGAAAUUGGAUUCCCAUGUUCGUAAUAGCGUCUAGAAAGUAAUGAAUCGUAAAUAAAAUGGAAUGAGUGCAAGUCAGAAAUAUUUUCCGUAGAGAGAGAAGAAACGAUUUAACGUGGACGUUCUGAAAAGAAAUAUUCGUUAAAAACGACUUCUCGUCAACUUAGACUAAGAAUUGUUGUAAUGUCGUUUGAUCUGAGAAUAACUGGAGGUCGAGGCGAUAAAGGGCAGAAACAGGUUGCGCUCAUCCGAAUUAAAGUAUUGAUACGAUUAAUUGAUUAGCGGUGCGCGAGAUGAAUUCUUUUCGGUACCUUUUAAGUCCGUAUUAAGGAACUCGUUAAAGUUUACUUAAGGGAUAAUACUAUUGUCACCAACAAAGAGAAUCCAUUGCAUGAUGUUUAUUCUAUUUAUUUAUUGUAGCGUAUUCGUCAAAUGUGAUAUUUAUGUUUAACAUGCAUACGUAUGUGCACGUACGUGUAUCCGUGCCGCGUCACCGUACUACGUACCUAUCCGAAUCGUGGUAACUUUCGUAGGUAAACUAUAUAAAUAAAUAAAAACAAGGAAUAUACAUAUUUCUUUGUUUUUAUAUCUCGACAAAGAAGGAUGUAUAUAGAGAUGCGAAGGGCGUGUAUAAAAAAAAAGAUGAAGGAAAGGAGAGAAACGGUCGUAAUAGCGAUUCUAAACAGAGCGAAGCUGCGACGUGCGAUUUCUGAUAGGAAUGUUCUAACAAACCGAAAUCCGCGGUGAUUUUUCGUCUUCGGUAUUUCCAUUGUAAGAACUGCAUAUGCGAUUCUUAUCGCUUGAUCGAUUGUACGUGGAAUGAGGUUAAUGUUUUGCUAAGGCCCGCGGAAACGCAGAAAUUUAUUCGACGGUCGGUACCCUACCCUCACAUGGGUCAUGACGAUAUACACUUAUUAUCAUUACCUUAAAUUUAAAUUUCUUUAUUAAUCGUAACGCGAACGAGUCACUUUUUCUUCGUGAAACACGUCUUGGAAAUUUCAGAGAUAGUCGCGUAGCGCUCGAAGUUUCGAUAAGAGUUUCACAGAGUAUUGAUGUGUUCAAUUUUUCUAUCAAAUUCUACAUUUCACUAUAUCGCGUUAAGGGGUAUUGUAGACUCCAAAAAUUGAUAGCGACUCUUCUCUCUUUUUUUUUUUUGACGUAAGUUGGAAGUAUUCUGAAAUUCUGACUUGAACAUCAUCGCAAGGCUUUAAUUCCGAGGAGUAACAAUACCCCUUCGGUUGAAACAUGUUUGUUCAAGAUUCACCGAAAACAACCGACUAUUAAUUCUUUCCAUCAAGUUAGUCGCAAGUCGGAACACUUGUCCAAAGAACACAGAACAUUCUGAUAGUAUGGAAGAUACAAUAGAGAUGUACCCGAACCAUUGGAGCAGUAGGUCCUGUAAAUAUUUACAAAGGUCUUAGGGAUCGCCUGGCGAUUUCCGAAAUACAAUCGCGUUCAGCGAUCCUGAGGACAUCCUUCAGAUUUCCCAAAAAUGUCCUUAUCUGGGAACAGUGGUAAACGUAUCGAUAUGAAAAUAGUGGACCUUUCGGAAUGACCUGAACCUAGAUCACUAGAUGUUUCUUAAACCUUGCAUUUUAUGGAUACCGUCAAAUUGUGCACCGAUUAUCCAGAUCGGUAUUCGUUGUCAAGUCCUGCACACGGAGACGUCCGCGCAUACCUUGUACAAAAACUGUGGAUUAAUUAACGCCGAUUUCGAUUCAAGGCAAUUCGGUGUGGAUUAACGGAGAUAUCGCUUCGAAUCGGGAUUUUUGUACCGCGGAUGAUUCCUGACAUUUCUCAACGAUCUAAUUGAAUCCUACCAAUCUGUAUAUGGACUGUGGAUGCUGAUCACUGGAUCGCACAAAUGUACCGUGACCAAAGGUAUAUUUUACUAUAGUAAAGACCAUUACGUACGCAAAAAGAAGAAAAAAAAAAGAUGAUUUCAACGUCUUAUUUACUUGAUACAACUAAAUUCACCCAAGAUCAAUACAAACUGUACUAAAUAAUGCAUUUCAGUCGGGCAGUAAAUUGCUGGUUUGGAAAUUGACCAAUUUUUAAGUAGAAUUUCAAUGUUCGAGAAAUUGAAGGCUCACGUGCGUAGAGAGCAAGAGCAGUUUUGAGUAGCAAAAAUUCUUUUAACCGUUCAUUUCUCAACGAGUCGUUUAGUGAAAUGUUAUGAAACAUAGGGUUAAUUUAAAGCUUCACUUCCGCUGAUUCCUAUCGUUUAUUGGAAAUAUUUGAAAUUCCAAUUAUUAAUUUUUAAGGAAUUUUUACACAAAUAUUAGGAGCAUCAAAGAAACAUUCGCACUAAUUAGACAUACUCAAUACGGGUUUAUGAGAUUUAGGAUUUCGGAUUAUCUGCUGAUUCUUUGAACUCCAAAUUAUCCCAGUUUUGUACGAUAAGCAUAUUUUACAUGGAAAUAUGUCUCCUCGUGUUUAAUAUUCUAAUCUACAAUAGUCGCGGAAAAAUGGAGCUAAGAUUUUUAUCGUCUGCUAUCUGGGUCUCCGUUUUACAUCAAUUCUUAACUCGUGGGUCGUAUAAUUUCUGGGCCAAGGGUUUUGCGAAGUAUAUAGUCGACGAUGUUUAUUAAGCGCAGCUGUAGUGUAAAUAGCGCCAAAGAGGAACGAACGAACAGCGGGGCGCGAAUAAUGUAAGGUCUCUCGUAAAGUCCUGACCGAAAAGCAAACUUUUUUCUAGUCGAGUUUCUGGUCGGGACUUCCCGAACGACCUGAAACAAGGAAACGUAUUUCCGAAGGCUUUACGUCGCACAAAGUCCCGAAGCAAUAUGAACCAUCUAGGGUAUUUCGUAAGUUCUUUGCCGUUUGAGAGAUGCACCGAAUCUCGAAAUUAUAAUUGUAAUCUGCAUUGAUUUCGACACGAAAAAGGCGAUUAUGUAUGUCGGAUGUUAAAGUUCAAGGGACUUUCAAUCCUGUUAGUCAUCCGUGCAAAUGAGCACAGAGAAAAAAUUAGUUGAUCACAAAUUAUUAGUAUGAAACGAUGGAAUUUUCUCACAAUUGUUCGGAAGGUUUUCGGGGAAUUCACGAUUUUAAGAGUUUUAACAGUCUUAAAUUAUUUCCGAGUAAUUAAUCAGAUAUCCCCACGUAUGUGACUACGUUCUCUUGGGAUUGCUUCAUGUACCCGGAUGCUUCCGGAAAUAUUUCCCUACACGACUCGAGGUUUUUCUCGAAUUUCUGCGAAUAGAUUUUAGAGCUCUCGCGGAAACGUUCAAGCGCAAUCAGAAGUCGCAUGGACUUUCGGAGAAGUUCUGAAACAUUCCUUAGAGAUCUCUUAGGAAAUCUGAGGUAAUGUUCGCUAGGGAGGUCUUUAAUAUUCUAUUGUCGAUACAAAAGUGAAUAGUGGAUAUAGCUAUCCUAUUUUUCUACAUGGAAUACAUUCAUUAGUGCAUCUUAAAACGUAUUCUAGUAACGAUCCAAAGCAGACUGAAUUGUUGAUCCCCAAACCAACUUCAAUGCAGUUCCUGGAUUCUCGACGUUUUACGAUUCACUAGUGCGUAAAGUAAUUAAUUAUACGGUGCAAUACGUAGAGUAGAAAAUCCUUAUUAAUUUAAUCAUCGGCUGUAUAAAUUACUCUAUGUAUUUCUCAGAAUAAAUUAAUGUAAUCGAAA